AUUCCCAUGCGAUCAUACCGCCAACGCAUGGCCCUCGUCACGCCAACUCAUGCUCCCGCAAAACUCUUCCUGCGUCACGUCUGGCAGCCGUUCAUCAUCUUGGCCACCUUCCCAGCCAUAACUUACGUCGCCUUCACUUGGGGUACUCAACUAGCCUGGUACUCGAUGGUCAACACAACAAGCGCUUCUGUCUUUCCAUAUCCCCCAUACAACUUCUCGACCACUGGUGUCGGUCUUCUCAAUCUGCCUGCCUUCAUUGGUGCAUCAAUUGCGUCAGUCUACACGGCACUGCUCUCUGACAGGAGCAUCCUCUGGUUGGCGAAGCGCAACAAUGGUAUCUAUGAGCCAGAGUUUCGCCUGUACACUGCCAUUUUCCCGGCCAUAGCUUCUGCAGUUGGCGUGUUCGUGUACGGUCUAUCAACAGCGCACGGCAUGCUCUGGAUCGUUCCUUGCAUCGGCAUCGGUAUCUUCGGCUACGGAUUCGUGGGACUGGGCCAUGGCGUUCUAACAUACCUUCUGGACGGCUACGGAAAUAUUGCUGGCGACGCCCUCGUUGGUGUCGCCUUUGUGCGCAACAUCUGUGCGACUGCUAUCGUGUUCGCAGCAACACCGUGGAUGGAAGCUCUAGGAAUGUAUGACCUUUUUGUCUGCGUAGGCUGUCUCGCAGUCUUCUUUGCACUUCUGGGGCUACCUGUGAUCAUAUGGGGCCGGAGUAUGCGGGUUCAUGGAGCCAAGCGAUACAUGAAGAUGGCGAGGCUCCAAUACGAUCCUCGAGGCCUAUAACAGAAACUCAGGCACUAUAGUUGACGUAGUCUUUCAAUAGGUUUGGCUGACGACAGUAAGAACAAAGUUUCAGGAGCAGAUCGCGCCGUUGACAGCGGGGUAACCAUGUUGGGGUAUGAUCGCACCGCGGAGUUUAGCCCUCGAAUUGAAAGUGGGCGUUGAGCUCCGGUUUUCAAAUAUCCUAGCAGACUAGGUUCAACAAUGACAUAGGUACCAGAUC